CCAGACCAUUCUCUCCCUCUCUCUUAAAAAAAAAGAACAGACCAGACACCACCACGCAAAUCCUCUCGCACUCGCGCCAGGCCGUCGUUCCCCAUUCCCUCGCCGCCGCCGCGCCAAAUCUCCCCGGCCUCUCCGCCGCGCCGCCAUGCUCCGGCUCCGGUGCUGCCUCCUCACCCAGCUCCUCUCAUCUCCCUCCGCGUCUCCCGCCUCCCAGCUCCACCACCUCUUCUCCGCGGCCGUCUGCCCCAAUCCUGCCUUCGCCGUCGACGACUACCUCGUCUCCACCUGCGGCCUCACCCGACCACAGGCCCUCAAGGCCUCCGCCAAGCUCUCCCACCUCAAGUCCACCGCCAACCCCGACGCCGUGCUCGUCUUCCUCGCCGGCCUCGGCCUCUCCGGCGCCGACGUCGCCGGCGCCGUAGCCAAGGACCCGCAGCUCCUCUGCGCCGGCGUGGAGAGGACCCUGGCCCCCGUCGUCGCCGGGCUCACCGGCCUCGGCCUCUCGCGUUCUGAGGUCGCACGCCUCGUCUCGCUUUGCCCCGACAAAUUCCGUCGUAGAUCCAUCGUCUCCACGCUUGAGUACUGCUUGCCCCUCUUCGGCUCCUCCGAGAACCUCUUUCGAGCCCUCAAGAGUGGCUCCGUUCUCUCCUCCGACCUCGAGCGGGUGGUCAAGCCCAAUGUCACCUUCCUGCGGGAGUGCGGGCUAGGUGCUUGUGACAUUGCCAAGCUAUACGUACUUAGGCCAUCGACCCUCGGCAUCAGCACGGAACGCAUCCGGACAGCAGUGGCGUGCAUCGAAGGUCUUGGUGUACCCCGUGGAUCUCCGAUGUUCAGACAUGCACUACAAGCUGUUGCAUUCCUCAGCGAGGAGAAAAUCACCGCCAAAGUGGAGCACUUGAAGAAAGCGUUCAGGUGGUCGGAUGUCGAGGUGGGCAUUGCUUUUUCUAAGUCUCCAACGUUGCUAAUGAGGGCUAAGGAAUCACUGCAGCACAGGUCCGAGUUCCUCAUCUCUGAGGUGGGGUUGGAACCGGCAUACAUUGCUUAUCGUCCGGCAAUGCUCACUUACAGCUUGGAGGGCCGGAUCAGACCCCGGUACUAUGUCGUAAAGUUUCUCAAGGAAAAUGGAUUGCUCAAGCGUGACCCGAGCUACUAUACUGUUUUCAAGGAGUCCGACAUGACAUUCAAGAAGAAGUUCAUACACCCUCAUAAGGAAGCUGCACCGCACCUUGAAAAAGACUACGAUGCUGCUUGCAAAGGGGAAGUGCCCACUAAUUUCAGAUUCACAUAAGCCAAGAACAGGCUCUGAUGUAACUGUGUGCUGAUUGUCCGCUGCUGUAUGUCUGUUAGAUGCUGGGUUGGUGGUUGUUAGCGAGUGAUGAAGCUGAUAAUUUGAUCCCUGGAUACUGAUAUGUAAUGUUACCACUCAGCCGAGAAGAAACCAUGGAUUGGUUAUGAACUUUUUCGUCCUCAUUCAUGUUUUAAACACAUGUAUUGGAACUAAGUAAGUGUGAGAUCAGGCCAUUCUGUAAUGCACUAAAAUUUCUGUUUUCAAGUUA